GUUUAUGACCUUUUUACUUCGAAUGAGAAUCCAAAAUUUGUAGCUAAAAUGUUAGCUUAAUAUAGGAUCAUUCAAUUUCUAGGUCAAGGAGCGUUCAGUAGCGUAUUUAAAGCAUUUUGUGAUGGUGAGUUUUUCGCAAUUAAGGUGAUGUAUUUUAACAUGAUGUUAGACAGAUAGUUGACAAGAUGAAAGGAAACGCAGAGAAAUUAUAGCAGGAAGCCUUAAUUUUAAGUUAACUGAAGCAUCCUAACAUCGUACGAUAUCAUAGAACAUUUGAAUCCAAAAGAAGACUAUAUUUUAUAUUAUCCUACAUAGAAGGGAAAACCCUCUAAUAAUACAUAGAAGAUGGCAGCGUCAGAUUUUCAGAGAAAGAAUGCAUAGCUUUAAUUCGCUAAUUGGUUGAUAUACUAAGCUACCUCCAUUCCAAUCGGAUUAUUCAUAGAGAUAUAAAGCCAGGUAAGAUCUCUUUUUGACAAGUAGAUAACAUGAUUAUAGAUAAGAACCUGAACCUCACCUUAAUAGACUUUGGCCUCAGUUUUAUAACUACCUAGUAAAUAACUACACAUUAAAAUUGCGGAACUUUAAUAUACAUGGCCCCAGAAGUACUGAUGAAAAAGGAAUACUUUAAAUCUGUAGAUAUUUGGAGUUGUGGCAUCAUUUAGUAUUAAUUAUUAAAAAAUUGCCAUCCAUUUUGGAAAAAUUAAAAAAAAGACAAUUAUAUCAAAUAGAUGUCAAUACCACAGAAAGUAGAUUUUAGCGGUAUGUCCAAGUAUAAUUUUAAAUUUGAAAGAGCUGCUAUUUCGUUUUUUGAAAAAACUGCUGCAUUUGAACCUGAAGCAAGGAUAACUGCUGAAUAAGCUUUGUUGCAUCCAUGGAUUACCUGUUAGUAAUCAGAGACCUAGAUUAUGACAAGCAAAGAAAUAUUCUAAGCCUACAGAGGAAUAAUUAUAUUCACAAAGGUAUAAAAUUUAAAAUAUUCUAGUUUUAAAAAUUCAUAGUUUUUAUACAGUUUAUUAAAUCAAAUAGUGAAAAGGCCAUAAGAGCAAUAGUUUUACCAUAAAAUUAGCGUUUUUUUUCAAAAUAAAAGAGUCCAAAGAAACCAAAUUUUAUCAAAAUACCUACUAGAUCUUGUUUAAAUUCAAGCAAUAGUAGUAGAGAAGUGAAUUUUGUUAUUUAUUUAUUUUAGAGCUCUGAGAAACACAAAGUAAAAUUACCACCUAUUAUUCAUUCAAAGAGAAGUCCUAAGGGUGAAGCUAGUCCAAAUCCUUUUCCUUCCAAUUAUAAAAUUUCUAAUCCAACUUAAACAACACUAGAAUUUAAAAAAUCUCAUUUUAGAUUGAAGUGA